AUGUGUGACAAACCUCGGCCGUCGUGCAUCGAGUCAUGCAGCAACGCGGAAUUGUGUGAAGCUAUCCCAGACUACAUGUCGUUCGGUUGCGUUAUGCACGACCCAAUAGUUGAGAGCAAGCCGCAGAUAAUACCUCUUGUGGAGAUGAAGACAAAGAGACAUGGACAGAACAAGGAAUCACGUCCACUCCUAUGGGUCAGCAUUGGCACCAAUACGAGCGAAUACGCAGUUGGCUACACUUCUUCACACUCUACUCCACGAUCGCUGAAGACACUACCAGUAUCAGGAACAGCCGAUAUACACUUCACUUGGCAUCUCCAGUUCGUGUUGGCUUGCCGCGGGUAUUCUCAUGGUGUGCUUUCAGCGGCCCGCGCGCAUGAGUUGGUCGGCGUAUCCACCUGGAAUCACUCCGAACAAGCCGCCUCUACGAGGUGA